AGGCCAUCAGUUUUCUGGAAGAGAAAAGCAUACACAAGCUAAGCUCUAGGGAUCCCGCGCACAGCAGUUUGAACGAAGGGAGGAGCAGAUUCAGUAAACAUUGCUGUACCCAUACACGGACAGGCGUUACCGCUGAAGCUGCUCGCAAAGGGGCGAGACCAACAGUUGUAAACCCACCAAUUUACAGACGACAACGACUCCACUGGAGAAAUGUCCGCCACUGUGACAGAAUGUGGAAAUGUGAGGAUUAUCACACAAGUCAACCAGCAUCCAGGCUCACAAGGAGCAGAGGCAGCAAGUGUGUCUGGAUCUACUGUCACUGGAUCACAGCUCACAUCAUCCUAUUCCAAAAACACUAAGAAUACAUUGCCCAAGGCACUUGGGGUUGUACAGAUUGUUGUGGGAACUAUACAGCUAAGCUUCGGAAUUGCCCUGACAGUAACAGAAGAUGAUUUUCAGACCCUCACUGUGAAGAGUGGAGUCUACUUCUGGAUCGGGAUCUUGCUCCUGAUUUCUGGGUCGUUGUUGGUAGAAACAGAGAAAAGAGAACUUGAAUGGCUGGUGAAAGCUUGCUUCUCUGCCAACUUGCUAGUUAGCAUUGCUGCACUGGUUGCAAUAGUUCUCCAUGGUACUGAGAUUGCAAAAGUGGAUGAAACAAAAGACCUGUGCUCCCAUGAUAUUGAUUAUCAUGAUUGCUCCAAUCAUGAUCAGAUAUUGUCAUAUGGUCUGAACUCAGUAUUUAUCAUCCUUUCGUUCCUCGAACUGUCCAUAGCUGUCACUGCCCUGGUGACUGGAUUCAAGUCUACAAGACAGCAACUCUAUCGACAGAUGGUAUUGUGAUAAAGCGUCACUCCGUGCUUCCUGUCACAUCUUUUCCAGCAGUACUAGAGGCUUCCUUUGCUUGGAGCAACACGGCUCUGAACUUACAGAUUCUUCACCUUUUCCAGGAGAUACUGCAGGCAUCAGAAGAAUUCUGUUGGUGUCUUGCCUGGGUUUCUUUAGAAAGAGGGAACAAACUCUAAAUUUGCCUGUGAACCUCCUCUACAGGUCCACAUAAGCUGAAAAGAGAAGCUUUUCCAAAUAUGAGACCUCUCCCCACUUCUGUGCAUUAUUAAGAGAGCUCUCUCUGUACCAUUAAAAAAAAGUUGACAUUU